AUGUUCCCCGACCUAGGACACACCCUUGACAAGCGGUGGGCGGCUGCGAGUCGAGAUGUUUGCCGCGCAAAUUUCGCCAAAGGGAUAACAAAGAUUCAAGCUCCUUUGUUCAACUUUCUCGUGGAUCGUGAGGUUUGGGAAGACUACUUCACCGACAUCAAGUCCCAGGCGGCGCACGAGUCUCUGGUCAAAACACCGCGAUGGCCAUUCAGAAUCACACCGGAAAUGAUGCAAGACAGCCACCCUUCAUCACGCGAGUACGCCGUGUACCUGAACAAUUCGAAAAGGGAGAAGCGCAAGACAGACACGAGAGAGGCUAGGAUACCCGAAAUCAGCUCAAACAUUGUUUAUUCCAGAGAAUCCUCAUUCGAUGUCCCGCAGGUUCCGUUGCCCACUUUGGACCCAGAUACUGAGGUCUUAUCGGCUGGCACUCUUGACUCAGUCGAGCAAUCUUCUUCAACCGCUCCAUCCGAAAUUGACGCCAAAACACUGAUGAGCUCCCUGCCACGAAACUCAUCUGAACAACAACGACGACAGGACCUUUGGAAACUUGCAGAUGGAGAAAGUACUUUCAAACCCCCUAUCAUCGACCCCUUUCAAAUGAAGUUGCCAAAGUUCGCCCCUUUGAGCUCGUUCGUCACUGGCUCAGACUUCGAAGACCUGAAAAUAAUCGCGACGGACUUUCUCCCUAGAGGUUUGACUCUCAAGGUCGAAGCUACAACAAAUGACAGCAAGGACGCGGAUUUCGACGAAGUUCUCACAUUGGGGUUCGCCAAGGGUUGUGGGGACAAACUGUAUGAUCGGGUUGAGCUCGUGAGGUUCUGGAGCUACAUGACGGAGUGGCUAUCCAAGGUCUACCAUGGAGAACCAACGACACUUUGUGAGCAUUUUCUUGAGGCGGUGAUGUCGCCAAACCGCAAGCUCGAACCUGUUUCUGCCAAGUUGGACGAUUUGCACUCCAUGCAUCGCCGGCUGUGCGGGAAUGAAGAGUAG